GAUUAAAGUACGGUUAGCUGUAGUGUGUUCCUGACCUGCACUGGAAACAACAGUCUUGUUCCUUACUCCUGUUUAAUUUUGAGGGCCACAGAAUUCAACUGUUGACAUGGAAAGAAAAUGUAGAGAUCAGUGUCAAGAAUCUUCGACGGCGUCGGACAGCGAUAAAGUCGAUAUCUCAGUUAGCUCAAGAACUGAAGUUUAUCAUCAGCAAGGAGCCGGAAGUGAGAAUGGGGAGGUGGGAUGUCAGAGAUCAGAGCUACAAUUGAACACUUCUCUCGAAACAAAACACAGACCGGCUCCACGAAAGCAGUGCAAGAAGUAUCUGAAGAAGAGACUGAGCAAACGUAAAGCUCGUUCCUUAAAUUACGUAAACGAAGAAAGUAACGUAUCAAAUACGUGCUCUGGCAGCGUGACGUCACCACAAGAACCAGCACAUGUCCGCCGUAGUUCUGAACAGCCAGCUGCUGCUUCCAUUGUGCCCAGCACGCCACGAAAAGGACAUGUCACCGAAGAAGACGAAAAUGACAAGGAACGGCAAUAUGCAAGGAAUUCACGUCGCAGCCAUCUUGCAAAUCCUAAGGCACUGGGAGAUGACGUACUUUCAGACCCCGGCCUUUCGCAUAAUUUGACCACAGAUGAUGAUAAUUCUCCAUCGCGGGACAUCAACGAGGAAAUUUAUGAGUAUCUUGCAUCAGGAACACGAAAUAAUUCUUCGUACUCAACACAAUUAAAUAGUUUGGAAUCCUUCCUAGCACCAUUUCUAAAUAACCAAAUCACACCGGGCCCAACAAACACAAUUUUUUGCGCACAAAAUGAAGAUGACAUGAAACUUGUUCACAUUCUUCGCUACAUAAAAUCUUGUGAUGGCGCCCUGGACCUUCUGUGGGACUUCAUUCAUGAACAUGCCGAGUUACUCACCCAGCAACAAGCAAAUAUAUCACGUGACACAGUGAAACCCAUUUAUGGUGAUAAACAGUAUUGCUUGGGGGAUGAUCUGAAAGGGGGUGAAACAAGAGAAUUAUUAUAUGGUGUUAUGGGACCUACUCAAUACACGAGAACUUGUUCUACUGGAAGCAAUACAGAGGCUGAAGAAAGGUCAAAUGCAUAUUCUGAUGCUGAUGAUAGUAAUAUGGAGAAAGAUGACAGGAUUAAGAUAGUUGAUACAUCAUCAGACACUGUGUCAAGACGUCCUCUGACACCAGGGAUUGAUUUAAGUAGCGAGGGCCAGAUGAUUUUAAUAACUGGUGAUGUUCAAGAAGCAACCGUUUUACAAACGGGGGUAGAGGAAAAUGUUGGUGAUUCAUCACUGGAGAAAGUUGUAGCCAAUGAGACUCACUGGACAAGACAUGAAAAGGGGCAGGAACAACAGACAGCAAAACAAGAAUGUCCAAUAUGGCAGAUAUUAAAAAAAUUUGAAUGUCCUUUCCAGUGGGUUCCAGAUGUGGUCAUAAACAGCAUCCCUAAUAGUACAAUUCGAGAGAAUAUGAUCCCUUAUCUUACAGAAAAGGAAAAAGAGUUCUCUCAGGCCAAAUGCAAUGUCUUUCGAGAAGUCGUCGUAUUCCUCAUACUGGUUUAUGAAAAGACAUUAGAGGACCGCUGGAUGGAAGCGUUUGCUGAUUUACAGCAUUGCUACAAUUUACUGGGUACAAGUAAUCUUCAAUGUAUAGCAACUUCUGCUGAAACCAGAAAAGAAAAGCUAAACCUUAACAUAGUUAGAGGAAACUAUCAUUUCAAUGAAAUCAAACGCAGAAGAACAAAUUUCUUUUAUGACAUUGAUGAGAAAGGGACAGAAAAGGAUCUGUUAAUAAGUAAUGGUGGUAAUGAGAAUAAUGAAAUUUCAAAAAUAUCAAAACCUCCAAAACUUAUUGCAAGAGGACAAUUUGGAUCUUCGGAUGCUGAAUUAAUGGUUCAGCAUUCAGCAGUAGAUCAAACCAUGAAAACAGAAAAGAUGACAGGUUCAGAAGAGCAUCACAAAGAUGGAAAAGAAGAUGAAUGUUCAAGAAACAAAGAUGAUAAAGAAAAUGCAAAUGGAUCUAUAUUAACACUUACAGACAACGAGGUUAAGGAUGAGAAAAUUGAAUCAAAUUUAAUUGAAGUUAAGAAACAUCCUAAUGUUAUUACUGAUUGUCAAAGUGAUAGAGCAUUACAUGAGGACAUGUAUAUAGGUUCGACUUCACAAAAUGCAUCUGAGAAUAUACCAGUCUACCUGGAAAACAAAAAGAUACUACAAAGCAAAAAAAUUGGUAAUGAGAUAAAUGGAAGAUUAAUUGAUAAUAAGAUAGAUGAAAAUGAAAAUAUGCAUAGUACUCAGAGUGAAUCAAAGAAACUGGAUACAAUUUCUGAAGCGAGCAGUAGAGGAAAUGCAUGUGAUCCAGAUCUGAAUGAUGCAGGACAUGUUUCUGAAGAAAUCGAGAAGAGAAAUGAAGGUAGAUUGAACAAUUACAUGCUUGAGGCAGGUGAUAUUCAAAAUGAUAACAAUGCGAUAAAUGACAUAGAGAAAGAGAUUGCUGCAGGAGGAGAGAGUGAGACAGAGAGGCAGGCACAAAGAAUGGCAGCACUGGAGUAUGUAAUAAAUGCAACAUUGGCUCAUAUAGCAUACUUCUCAGAGAGCUACCAAGAAGCCUACAAUCUUGCAAAAUGUAUUGAACAUAUAUAUGAUCAGCUUGGAAGUACUGGCAAGGCAACAGUGUCUGCCCUCAGGGGCGCCAUACUGCUUGAGUAUGGCUAUUUGGGGAACAAGCUGGGCCUCCCAUUUCUGAAGAAGGCCCUUGAAUUAGACCCUGAAUACUGGGAAUGGAACCUCUACUGUGGGAAAGUGUUGAGCAGAAUUCGGCAGGCUGAGAAGUUCAAAGGAAAAACACCAGAGCAAGAACAGGUGAUUCUUUUGGAAAAAGCAGUUCAACUUAAUCCAGAGGAUGCAUCUGCUCUGGUUCAUUUGGCCAAUACCUAUCGUGGUCUGUCUUACUUCAGUCAUAGGCAGGAUAUGAAGGCUGAAACAACAGCAGAGUCAGUCAUAGAAACUCGACAUUAUGUUCGUUAUGGAGGGGCUGCUAACUGGAGAAGGAACUGGUCACAGUCACGGCAAUUCCAGCAUCAAAAAGAUGAGGAUCCCUUAAAGAGAUGGCUCAAUCCUCAGCAGAUACCCCUUUCAUGCCUGUCUGUUCCCUUGGAGACAAAACAGAAGGACUAUCUGCAGUUAGCCAAAGAAAUGUUCCUAAAAGCAUUAGAGAUAGAACCACACUGCCCUUAUAAUAAUGCAAGGUGUGCCAAAGCAUUAUGGUCAAUGCCUGUGCCAUACAAAGACAAAGAACGAGCAAAGGAAGCAAUCCUUCAUGCUCUGACCUUGGCACCUAAUGAUUCCUUGGUAAAUCAUUAUGCUGGAUCAUUUUAUGAAUAUUAUAAUGACUAUGAAAAAGCACUAAUUUGUUAUGAAAAGGCAACACGUGAUGGCAAGUUGAAUUUUCCAGCUGAAAUGGAUUACAUUAACUUAAAAAUGAAAAUCAGUCCAAAAGGAAGUUACAGCCCUGUGUUUCACCUUGACAAACUCGCCUCUGAUUAUUCAAACCCCAACUACAGGGUGCAAAUUUUGUGCCACCGAGGAUUUUACUUAUACAAGAUGGAGAAACAAUACUUUAGAGCAAUUCGAAACAUCUGCACAGCCAUAAAAACUGACCCAGGUAGUCAAACAUUGAAGACAUUCCACCCAUGGAAAUUCUAUGGAAGAGGUAUCUCCUACAAUAUGUAUGAUUUAAUUGAACAAAUGGCAGGAGACUACAAGGGAAUGGCAGAUGGGUUUGAGAACAAGGAUUUCAUAGAAGAAACACUUGAAGACAUUCGACGUCUCAGAGAAGAAAAUUGACUGCAAUUAUGAACAUGAAUCACCUUCAAAUAAACCAAAUUCUGAAAGCAAUAUUUAAUGAUUGCUUGUUCCAUUAAGUGAUAACAAUAAUUUAUAAUAUAUGAACUCAUCACAAAUUAUUUGCCCUCUAUGAAACAAAGUUAUAUAUCAUCAAAAGAAACAAAGACUUCAUAUAUUAUAAGAUUUCCUUACACAGGUCGCUUUUAUUUUGCUUUGAAUUACUUUAUUUCGGAUACGUUCAUUUUGAUAUUCUGGUCUCUAUUUUUCUGCAUUGAAAUGAGAACUUGCAUUCUUUCAUAUUUUCUGCAUUUAAAAGUUAAUUAAUGUUAAGAAAAAUGUAAAUAUCUUGAUGCUUUAAGGAUUCCUUACAUAAUAGUAACUCCAUGCGUGUUAUAUUCUUUAAAUUGGAAGUUGCUUAUUUUAGGAAAUGGUAACUUAAGUUGAAAGAUUACACUACAGUACCAAUGGUCAGUAACUAAGAAUGCAUGAUUCAGAUUUUAAUUAGAUUUGUUAAACACUGAAUCAUCUGGUUUACAAAUGAUCACAAUUCUUAACAAAUAUUCACUAUGUUUCACAGUCUGUUGUAUCAACAAUUGUUAGGUUUCUGCUGGCCUUACUGUUACCAACACAUUGCCAGGUUACAUCUCUGCAUAGCAGAGGUCCUCUGGCCAGCCUGCAAGCUCUCCAUAUAUAGCACUACCAACAUUGCUUCCACAUUGUUGUGCAUGUCUUUGUUGCCUUGGAAACAGAUGUGUGUGCAAAAUUUCCGAGAUUCUGCAUGUUUGGUAUCAUAUCACAGUACUAUCAAACAGCAUAUUUUCAUUGUAAAUCAUUUGUAAUACAGUGCAUACAAUCAAGUGC